CAUUGUGAGGGCCAGUCAGCUGCUGGCUAAGCUCGCUGGUGACUCAAGGUAAAGAUGUCUUAUAUUUGUCAACAAUUAAUACAAUCAACAAUUUGUAAACAUAAUCAAACCCACCAUCAUUUAUAUGUAGGCACACUGAACACUUAUCUAAUACUUUUCUUCUCCUUCUUCUCUUAUGUAGUGUUGAGUCUGUGGAUGAGGGUCCCAGUCAUGGUACCCGUGACGCUGCUCGCAAUGCUGCCGACAAGCCUGCCUGUACUACAAAUGUGCAGAUGGAUGUCCAAGCAGCAUUUGACAAACUGCUGGAAACGCACCCGGUGACACUGGACGGGGACGUGCCAGACAAGACUGAGCGCAGAAAGGUGUCACCCGACUGUCAGCGGCAGUUGUACGAGCGUUGGCUGAAGGCACAGAUGAAACUGCGCGUGCAGCAUGUUCUCUCAUACUUCUGCCGACGUCUCCCAACAGAAAACCGGGUCAGCACCUGGAUUGCUAAGCGGGGAUGGAAGAAAAACCUCCCCAUCUCUGCCAAUAUCAUAAAGGAGUGGAAGCCCUCAGGAUCUGUGGACAUGGUCAUGGAUUCUAGACACAUCCAGAAAAUGACCAUCUCUCAGAGGUGGAGAGGACUACUGGUCACCGAUGUCAAAGGGAAAGGCAAGGGUGUCGUUGCCACCCGCAGAUUUCAGACUGGUGAGGUGGUCUGUGAUUACCAUGGGAGGGUGAUCACAGCCAAAGAGGGCCAUCACAUACACAAGAACACCAGUGAGGAGGAGACUGGACAUAUGUUCUUUUAUACAAAUCAAAAAGGGCAGCCCAUGUGCAUUGAUGCACAUUCAUCUUUUUGUGAGUGCCACCCCGAAAAGCAGACUGUUGGCAGGUUUAUCAACCACGCAAAAGCACAAGCCAACCUAAGGCCCAGGUUCUAUGCUGUGGACACAGAUGGGGAGGAAAAAGAAGUUAUUCUUUUCCUCGCAACCAGGAACAUUGAGGUCAAUGAGGAACUCCUGUUUAAUUAAGGUGCGGGCAAAAAGUCUUUUCGGGGAGAGGGCCUGGGCCUCGCUUGGCUCUCUUAGAC